GGUGGGUGAAGAGCCGAGCCGAGCCGAGAGCGGAAGUGCUCUCAGUUGAGAUGAGCCAUCGAAAGCGGUAUCAAAUAAACCCGUUUCCUAAACUUCUUACAGGACCAAACGAGCGAGUCCAACCCAGGCUGGCGGGCGGAAUGACUUUAGCGGCUCGUUUUUGGCUUUUGGUGAGCGUCACCGCGGCCGGGACGGCGGCGAAGCACGACGGCGACGACGAGUGGGUGCACCUUCCGGACAACUGUGAAGUGUGCAAGUUUGUCAGCAUCGAGAUGAAGUCCGCCUUCGACGAAACAGGAAAGACCAAGGAAGUCAUCGACCGCAACUACCGUUUCAUUGACAGCAAGGGAGCUCCGCCCAUCAAAUACGUCAAGUCUGACCUGCGCUUCAUCGAGGUGGUGGAGAACGUGUGUCAGCGGCUCUUGGAGUACAACCUGCACAAGGAGAGAAGCGGCAGCAACCGCUUUGCCAAGGGCAUGUCCGAGACCUUCUCCACGCUGCACGGCCUGGUCAAUAAAGGCGUCAACGUGGUCAUGGACAUCCCGUACGAGCUGUGGAACGAGACGUCGGCGGAGGUGUCGGACCUCAAGAAGCGGUGUGACGUGUUGGUGGAGCAAUACGAGGACGUGAUUGAGGACUGGUACAGAGGCAGCCAGGAAGAAGACUUGACCACAUACCUGUGCGAGAAGCACGUGCUCAAAGGACAGGACGCAGCCUGCUUGAAGGAGGAGUGGGCACCCAAAAGGAAGGGAGACCGGGCAGCUAUCGCACAACACAAGAAGAGUGAAGGAGUUGAUAGCAAGAAAAAAAGGGAGAAGAAAGCAAAGACAGCGGACCCGGACGCGCAGGGGACUCGGUCCCGGGAGUCUGGGACUAAGGCGGAGCUGUGAGGAUCUUUUUUUUUAGG